CUCCUAGAAGAUGACUUCCAGUUCAUCCUCUGCGAGGGCUGCCACCAGGAAUCGCCCGACCUCAAGCUCCUCACCUGCCUCCACACCUUGUGCCUCAGUUGCUUGAGCAAGAACAAGCUCGUUGGGCAGUGCCCUGUGUGCCAGACGGCCAUCCCGCAGGCCGGCGGCAUCCCCGACACGGACAACCUGCUCUUCACCAGCCUGCAGGCCAAGCUCAAGGUCUACAAGAAGAUCAUUGACACAGUUGACUUGUUUUGCAACAACUGCAAGAAAGCCGGUGAGUUCUGGUGCUCUGAGUGUGAGGACUUCUUCUGCAUCACGUGCUUCGAGGCCCACCGGUGCUACCUGAAGAGGGAUAGCCACGAAGCCAAGAGGGUGAUGGACAUCAGGGCAGGGUCUGCUACGGACUUCCUCAAGGGCACCAGGGAGACCAGUAACUUGUCCUGCUCCAACCCGACCCACAAGAGCCAAACUGCAAGCAUCUACUGCCCCGCGUGCCGCAAGCCCAUGUGCUGCGUCUGCGCCCUGCUGGACAACCAGCACACCCAGUUCCGCGACGUCCGCGACGAGAGCCGGCGCAGGCAGGAGGAGCUGAGCGCCAUGAGCCGGGAGCUGCGGAGCAUCCAAAACUCUCUGGCCUCUCUGCAGGAAGAUUUUGGAGGCUGGGCGAGGUCCAACACGCAGCAGGUGGACAAGCUCCUGAAGAUCAGUGACCACCUCCUGCAAGCUCAGCACAGGGCAAACAGGCACCUGGUGUCCAUGACCCGGGAGAUGCGGGCCAUGUCCCGCUCCCUGGCCACCAUCACCCCUGCCAUGGGACCCUUGCUGCAGCCCACGGCCAGCCCGCAGGACCCCUGCACUGCAGACAUGGACUGGAUGUUGCUGCCCUCCGACGUGCUGGAGUUCCCUCCCAGCACCCCACAGAAACAUGAAGGAGGCCCAGCGGCCCCUUCCCCCAGCAGACCCUCUUGUGCCACCCCUGCCACCAGCCCAGCGUGCUCCAAGUCCUCAAGCUCAUCAUCCGAGGGGGAACACUCCAGAUCAGGGCACCCUACUAGGGCCAAGCGUGGUGGGAAGACCAGCGCCAGACUUCGGAAGCGGAGGAGAAAGUGA